AGGGCAUUCGUGGAAACCAAAAUAAAAAAAUGCAAUAAAGACAAGAAAUGCUAAUAUCUUGUUUGUACAAAUAAUAUUCUUAGAUCAAAAUAUUGAAUUAUCCACCAAAAUUUACACUAUGAACCAGAUUCAAAAUUCAACAGAAUCCAGUGGAUAAUUCUUUGUAUAGUAGAAGAAAGUUUUAUAAUUUAUAAUCCUACCAUCGAAUGUAUUAGAUAUUCUCCCUUUGUUUCUCAGAUUUCAAAAAUAUCAGCAAUUGAUAGAAACAUUUCUGAUUCAUCAUUGUAGGAGAGAAGAAGAAAAUAAUAAUGGAGUACUCGGUGAUGACAGUAGACCAGGUUGUAGAAGAGAUAAUGAGAAUCCAUAGAUCCUUACCAGGCCGACCGGGAAUCGAUGACGUCGAAGCGGCAAAAACCUUAAUCCGAAACUUGGAGAGAGAAGAUCAGUUGAGACUGGAAGCAGUUGCGAGGCAAAGCAAAGGCAAAGAUGUACCAGAAGAAUUAUUCAAGGUGUUACAAGAGAUUCAGAGGAAUUUCAUCCAUUUCCAGAGCGCGGAGCAAAAGAGGGAAGCUCUAAAACUGUUGGAUCUUGAAGGUGUCCACUUACUGUUCGACGAUUUGAUUCAGAGAGCUUCCAAAUGCUUGGGUUCUAAUAAUUCACGGUCGGGCGAUGUUUCCUAUAGUUCUUCGAGGAAUUCAAGUAGUUUGUCCUUGGCAACUACGGCUUCCUUCACCGUUAACAGUUUCAAUUCUCCGGCAACAUUGACAACCCCAACCCCAACCCCAACCGCAAUCACAACCACAACCAAAUCAUCUUCCCUGUCCAGUUCUUAUAAUGAGAAGGAGCGAGUAAAGGCAUCUGAGUUGUUUAGCAAGGACGAUUGUUAUUUGAAGAAGACGAAGACUGUUUUUCAAGGUGAUGGAUUCGGGAUAGGAGCUCGAUCUGGGGAUGUUCUAACUGGGCCCCAGAUUGUUGAUUCCACUCUGAAGCCGGCUAUUACUUCAGGACAAGACGGUGAUAAAAUGAGUUUAAUAAAGCUUGCUAGUUUGAUUGAAGUAUCAGCAAAGAAAGGAACUCGGGAGCUCAAUCUUCAGCAUAAAUUGGCUGAACAAAUUGAAUGGCUCCCCGAUUCAAUAGGGAAGCUAUUUGGUUUGAUAAAUAUGAAUUUGUCAGAUAAUCGAAUUCUGGUGUUACCAGAGACAAUAGGACGACUAUCAUCGCUGGAAAUGUUGGAUUUACAUGGAAACAAAAUCAGCGAAUUGCCAGAAUCCAUUGGGGAUUUGCUUAAUUUAGUCCAUCUUAACCUGAGUGGAAACCAACUAAAAACACUGCCUCCUACUAUUGGUAAGUUAGUUCGGCUUCAAGAUCUUGAUUUAAGCUCAAAUGGGAUAAUGGUUCUCCCAGAGACUAUUGGAUCACUUGUCAGUCUCAAGAAAUUGAAUGUUGAAACUAACGAUAUUGAGGAAAUCCCUCAUACUAUUGGUCGAUGUACUUCACUCGAACACCUUCAUGCAGACUAUAACCGACUUAAAGCUCUACCUGAAGCUGUAGGAAAAAUUGGAUCCUUGGAAGUACUGACAGUGCGUUACAAUAAUAUCAAACAAUUGCCAACCACAAUGGCAUCCUUAUCAAGCUUGAGGGAGCUUGAUGUUAGUUUCAAUGAGCUUGAAUCGGUCCCAGAGAGUCUGUGCUUUGCUACAACACUUGUAAAGAUGAACAUAAGCAAUAAUUUUGCAGACCUGCAGUUUUUGCCAAGGUCUAUUGGGAACCUUGAGAGUCUAGAGGAGUUGGAUAUGAGCAACAACCAAAUUAGAUCCCUACCGGAUUCUUUCAGAAUGCUAACUCGACUACGUGUCUUGAAUGUUGAGGGAAAUCCUCUGGCUGUGCCGCCUAGAAAUAUCAUUGAGAACGGAGCACAGGCUGUUGUUCAAUACAUGGCUAAUCUUGUUGCUCAGAGGGAUGUGAAGUCACAACCAGUGAAUCAAAAGAAAUCUUGGGCUCAAAUAUGCUGCUUUUCAAGAUCUAAUAAACGCAAACGCAAUGGCAUGGACUACGCAAAAGCUUAAUAUGGUGCAGCUUGGAUAUAAUAUCGACAGCGAAUUUCUUUGGGAAACUGAGCUGUGAUUGGAUUGGAAAAGCACUUGUGUAUGGCCAAAUUCAUUUGUCUUUACAACAAAAUGAUCUGUUCGGAUAUGACUAUGAUCUUUGCUUCGUGUAAUUGUAGAUUGUUUUUUUUGUUUUUCAAUUUUUGUUCUCUGCUAGUAUCUUCAAUUUCAUUUUCCAUUCUCGAUCUAAAAAUGAGCUGAAUGAUUAACUUCAACAGGUUAAAUUGAGAAGAAAACUAGUUCUAUUUAUCACUCCUGGCUCAUGAUGAAGUCCAGCUUAUUUAAUUCAAUUCCUUUGAAAGGAA